AUGAUCAAAAAAGUCUCAACUCUCUAACUAUCAAACGCCACAAAGUUCAAAGUUAAAAACCAAAUUAGUCUCCACCCACCAUCCCAAACAAUACCUCAUUCUCUUCCUUCAUUUGGCUGUAUUUGCUGUCUCUGUGUACUCUGGAAUUCACUCAAUUCUUUUGAAACUUUGUUUUGAGCCUCUAAUUGGAUUUUCUUAACCUGUGAAAGCCUAAAAAAGGCCCCCUGUUUUGUUCUACUGAUCAAAGCCUCAAAAGGGUCCAAACCACCAUCCAUGGCAGAUUUUAACAGAUCAAAGUCGUAUUCUUAUUCUUAUUCCAGUGAUAGAAUGCAAAUCGAGACUUAUCGUGGCCCGGAUGCAGCAAGGUCCUAUUCCUCUGCUUAUCCGAAUGAUUUCAGGUCUUACAGUGUUUCAUACAGUACUUCUUAUGAUGCACCACCCCUGCCGGAGCUGCCUCCUCCGCCGGGGCCGCCUCAGCCGGUGAAGGACUGGAAGCUGAAGAAAGGGAAAAGUACUAAUGGGUCAACCUCUACAGCUUGGAGUUUUAAUGAUCCAGAGUUCCAGAGGAAGAGAAGGGUUGCCAGCUACAAAGUCUACUCUGUUGAAGGCAAAGUCAAAGGGUCUUUUAGGAGGAGCUUUAGGUGGCUUAAGAACAAAUAUACACAGGUUGUGUAUGGAUGGUGGUGAAUUACAUAAUUUUUUUUUUUUUUGUUGUUAUUAUUGGAAUUAGGAUUCUUUUCCACUGAUUUGUGCUUUGUCAACUGUGGUAUGAAGUAUGAACACAAGCUUCAUUGUGUUAUAUGAUUAUCAUCUAGUAUAAUCUUGUUCUGCAACAUUCUCUUUUGUUGAAGAUCUUCCUUCUUUAAUGUAACAACUUGAUGAUUGAUUAUGGUUCUGUCAAUAUAACUAUCAUCUAUCUGUCUCAUGCUUGAGUAAAUUGGAUAUGUCUGUUCAGAUUGCUUGAGUAAUUUGCUUCAAAAAAGCCUUCUUUUUUUUCUUUUUUUUUUUUAAACUUUUACGGUUGAAAAUUCAGAACCAAAAAAAAAAAAAACUUCCCUUUGAAACGUAAUAGCAAAUUUGGUUGAAAUGCUGGAAAAUUGUCAUUUCUUCCCAGCAGAAAAGAAAUUGAACAGUAUGUGGUUCUCUUUAAUUGAUUGGAAAUAGUGGUGUAGAGCAUGGAGUGGUCCUAAUGUAAUAAUGUAAGUUGUGACAAUGAGGCCCUUUGGACUUUUGAUCAAUUUGUUUUUGCCUUUUUCGGCCGUCUUUAAGGAUUUGGUAUCUUAAACUAACAUAGCAUGUGAGGAGAGAUAAUACACUAUAUACAGGAUGGGAUUGAUUAUCAUCAUUGAAACGCGGUUCUUGGCUUUCUCUAUUCUGAUUAGCUUCAAGUUCUUUGUGAUUUAACUCUUGACAUGGACAAAUAGGUUCUUUUGGUUGGAUUUUACUAGUAUCUCUGUCUCAAUUGUGGUUAUUUAUUUUUUUUUCCUUCUAUUCUUUUUUUUUUUAUGGAUUGGAUUUUACUAGUUAGUAUCUCUGUCUCAAAAAUACUAAUUCCAUGUUUAAGCUUAGAGGUUCCAUAUUGUAUUUGAUAUAAAUUAAAUAUUCAAUUCAAGUUGUCGUGCUAUGACUGUGUUCUGUAUUUUAUAGAUUCAAGAGAAGAUGUUAUCUAAUUGCAAUAAAAUUAAAAAUUGAAUGUAAACUGAGUUAUGAUUAUCAAAAAUUGACAUCCUUGACUACAG